UUGAAAGGAUUCUUGUGAAGAUGAUGAUGAAAACAUCCUUACUGUGUCUGCUGGUUCUGACAUCACUGCUGUGCUGCAAGACUCACAAAGAUCAGAGAAUCAUCAGAGCAGAACCAGGAGACAACGUCAUUCUGACAUGUAGAGCAGCUGAAAACAAAGAUGUUAUAGUUGUAGAGUGGAGCAGAACUGAUCUGGAGUCAGAUCAAUAUGUUGUUCUGUACAGAGACAGUACAUUUUUUCCAGAUGGUCAGUCUCCAUCCUUUAAGGACCGGGUGGAUCUACUGGAUGUGGAGAAUGGAGACAUGUCUUUGGUUCUGAAGAACGUGACGACUAUUGAUACAGGAACAUAUGAGUGUCGAGUCGUUCAGGAAGGAAAUAAUGAAAGGAAGAUUCUGGACAUUGACCCCAUCUGCAUCGUUAACCUGAGAGUUGAAGCAGGUGAACCAGGAAACCAGGAGAAACUAAAGGAGGAUGGAGGAAACAAGGACGGACAAAUGGAGGAUGGAGGAAACAAGGACGGACAAAAGGAGGAUGGAGGGAGCUGUACUGGCUGGAUAGUUGGUUUCAUAGUAGGACUCGUUGGAUUCUUUGUUUUGGUUUCACCUUUUGGUUUUCUGCUCUAUAGAAAUCGGGAACAAUUGUGUCAGGGACAGAACUCAUCUCCUGCAGCAGGAGAAGAACUUGAACCUAUGAAUACUGAAAACCUUCCUCCAGCUGAAAAGUGAACAUCAAGGCAUAAUUUCCACCUGGAAGAAACCUUCAGCUCUGUGACAGAAUAUAAAGGGACUAUAAAGACACACCUGGUUCUCUUCUGCAGAGAUAAAGGACGGACUGAUACUUGGUCUUUCAGGUUUUGUUAUUGUGGUUCUUCGUGUUGUUUAUGUGCACCAUAGGAUGCAGAAAUAUUCUUCACCCACACCAGAAGCUGAACUGGAGCAGCAGUAUUUCAGCAGUACUGUAAAAACUUAAUGAUCCCUUAAAACCUUUCAGAUGCUUUCAACAAGCUGACUGGUGGAUAAAUAACAGUGUUUUGUUGGAAUGGAAAACAUGCCUCAGUUUAUUCAUUUAUUUAGUUAGUUUUUGUGUAGUUUAUUCACUUUUUUUCAUUCAUCCUGCAAAAAACAGAAUCUCUCUAUUGAGACAAAUAAAAAGCAUUUAAAAGGUUUGGACAGAUUAAAUAUCACUAGAACCUGUGCCUUUUUGUGUCUAAAAUGUGAGAUUUUAUGUUUUUCAAAGUUACAUUUUGCAACUUUAAUAUUUCUCUGUUGAU